ACCAACACACACCUCCAACAGAGAACCAGAAACCACCAGGAUGCUGUCGCUGUUCUUUGGGGAUAAAAAAAAAGAAGAAGAGCUGAUUCGCUCUGCCCAGCGCCUCCACCACUAUCUCCACAAAUACUACACCAUCACCAACAAAGCCCUGGGGAUCCUCAACACUCACCUAGAUGAACAAAUCUCCUCAGUCUCAGCGAAAGAAAGCGAAGGAAUUGAGGAAAGCUGUGUCAGGGUGAGCCAAGUUAUGUCUGAGAUCUCCCACAUCGCCGAACGGAGGGACAGACAUGUCCACAAGAGUAUCGAACCCGCCCUGUAUGACAAGAUCGCUUUCUCUGGGGUGUCACUGAAAGAGAAGGCUGCGGUGGUCAAGGAACUCAACGAGAGCACCUUGGGACUGUUGGGGACAAUCUGUGGUCCUCUGGUCGCUGUCCUACUGGCCAAAAGUGAGGUGGGGAACGUGGCACCUCCAGUGGAGCAGCUCAAGGGCCUCCCACUCUGCUCUCUUACCCUGGGCGACCUCGUACAGAGCAGCGACAAACUCACUAAGCUUCUGAGUACAUCGGGGAGCCAGCGAAUUAGUCUCGAUGAAGCCAUACAGUUGUUGGAAGAGACCCUCUCGGUUCUGAAACCACCUUGCGACGCCUAUGAUGACAUUGUCAGUGAGGUUCAAGCCUAUGUGACACUUGUAACUGAAAACAUCUAGAGAAGGAUUUUUUGUUGUUGAUGUUCAAAGAGGGUAAAAGAAAAAGAAAAAUAAUAUUAUAAAAUCAAACAGAUCAUGCUAAAAAGUAAGAGUGGGAAAGAGUAAGGAAUGAAAUAAAUCACAUGGGCGAUGUCUCAUUUUUGUUGUUGUGUUUUAUUAUUGCUCUGCUUGGUUCUCAGUAGUUUCUUUUGCUUAGAGAGUUAGCCUUCGUUUUUGUGUUCAUCCUAAAGAAAAGUAAAAAAAAAAAAAGAAUUCAAUAAAUAUUUCACACCCUCCUGCUUCACCCAGAAACCGAAUAUGACAAUCAGUCUAUUAGCACUGCUGGUUCGUCCACCCUUCAUUGUGCAUGGAACUGUGGGAUACAGGGAGUCCCAGUGUUAUGACAGUUGAUCAUUUGUAGACGAGCCCUUGCGCUUUGUUGAAAAUGGUGUUGUAAGUGCAUUCUGUAAAAUAAAUAAAUUCAUUUCAUUUUUUGGAUUUUUUUUUUAAACCAACAACAACAUAACACCCAGAACAAAGAUUAUCCAUAUUCUCCAGACAUUCACUGGUAAAUGUGAACGAUUAACUUGUUAGUUACUCAGACAUCCUAAGACGUCAAUCUUUGACACUAAUCUAAGGAAUCGUUAAAGUACUCAGCAUAUUAUUAUUUAUUUCUUAGCAGACGCAGGGCAGCAGUGUGGAGUAGUGGUUAGGGCUCUGGACUCUUGACCGGAGGGUUGUGGCU